AUGGGAGACCGUUGUAGACAUUUUUCCGUUGAGGAAUUGCCAUCGCAUUUGGUUUUAGAAAUUCUGUGCUCGGGCAGGCUCAGUGCAAUGGACCUUGUGUCUUUAGAAUUGACUUCCAAAACUUUUGGUGGUAGUCAUAGCUUGUACCCUUUCAAGUUUAAGUCCUUGAUUGACUUUGCUGCAUUUCAAUUGUGUGCCUCCCAUGUUACCUAUGCUAGGAUGCCUUUGAAUUCUCAAAGGGAGUUGUAUGAUAGAUGUGGAGGAAAUUGGAAGCGAGUUUUGAGGUUCUUGCAGUCUGUGGAACAAUGCUCUCAGAUGGUCGAGACAUCAUCAGGCAAUAUGCAAAUAACAACUGGAAAGUAUCACACCUUGUUGAUCAGCAAUUCUACUGUCUAUUCCUGUGGUUCUGGUUUAUGUGGUGUACUUGGUCAAGGGCCUGAAACAACACAGUGUGUAGCAUUUACCCGGAUUGAUUUCCCACCUUUGGCACGCGUGGUUCACGUUUCGGCCUCUUUUAAUCAUGCAGCUUUUGUCUUGCAAUCUGGAGAGGUAUUCACAUGUGGAGAUAAUUCAUCUUCUUGCUGUGGGCACAGAGAUACAAGCCGACCAAUUUUCAGGCCACGUCUUGUUGAAUCCCUUAAGGGGAUUCCUUGCAAACAGGUUGCGGCAGGGCUUAACUUCACAGUCUUCCUCACCAGACAAGGUCAUGUUUAUACAUGUGGAACCAACACACAUGGCCAACUUGGUCAUGGUGACACUCAGGACAGGCCAACACCCAAAAUUAUUGAGGUCCUUGGAUCUGUUGUUCAGAUUGCUGCCGGACCAAGCUAUAUCUUAUCCGUAACAGAAAAGGGAACAGCAUACUCCUUUGGGUCAGGUGCUAAUUUCUGUCUUGGCCAUGGUGAGCAACACAAUGAGUUUCAGCCACGUGCCAUACAGAAAUUCAGACGGAAAGGUAUUCAUAUUGUCCGUGUAUCUGCUGGGGAUGAGCAUGCAGUGGCCCUCGACUCAAAUGGAUUUGUAUAUACAUGGGGCAAGGGAUACUGUGGUGCUUUAGGCCAUGGGGAUGAGAAUGAGAAGACAACUCCAGAGAUGUUGACUAGUCUGAAGAAUGAACUGGCUGUUCAGGUCUGUGCAAGGAAGAGGAAAACAUUUGUGCUAGUUGAUUCUGGUGCAGUGUAUGGCUUUGGCUCCAUGGGAUUUGGCAGCCUCGGUUUCCUGGAUAGAAGGGCAUUAGAUAAAGUAUUGAAACCUCGAAUCUUGGAUACCUUGAGAUCUCACCAUGUUUCUCAAAUUAGCACUGGCUUGUACCACACUGUGGUGAUCACUAGCAGGGGAAAGAUAUUUGGCUUUGGAGAUAAUGAAAGAGCACAACUUGGUCAUGACACACUAAGAAGCUGCCUUGAGCCGACUGAAAUUUUCAGUAGAGAUACAUCUGAAGAUGUAGAAAGUAUGUGA